CCGCGAGACUGAGCAAACAGGGCUGUUUUUUGGAGUUCAAAAAGUUUCCCGGAUGAACAGCUCCUAACAACUCCGACAGUCUCCUUUAAUAUGGCGGUGUAAAAGUAAAAAAAAAACAUACGGUAGAGGGGUGGUAAGCUAAUGUAAAUGAAGUAGCACUAACGUUAAUCAUAUUGGACUAUUUCUGAACAAGGAGGAAACUUCCACAAGUUCAGCCGACGGACUUUUGGGGUGGAUGACCAAAUAAAAAUUCAAAGUGCAGGUGUGAUGUCCGGAUAACACCAUCAUGUUUGCCAAGAAAAAGAAAUCGCGAAUCCAAAUUUCUGCCCCUUCCAACUUUGAGCACCGUGUGCACACCGACUUCGAUGAGCAUGAGCAGAAGUUUGUGGGCCUGCCACGCCAGUGGCAGAGUCUCAUCGAGGACACGGCCAAGAGGCCCAAACCGUUCAUCGAUGCCACCAUCAUAACCACGGUCGAGCCACGCAAGACUAUUGUGCGUGGCACCAAUAUGGGUGUGGAUGGCUCCCUCACCUGGCUGCUAGACGAGUUCGAGGGCAUGUCUGUGAUCCGCUCCAACUCGCUGCGAUACGGCAACCCCGCCGUCCCGGGCGGCCACGACCUGGGCCCACCACCCCAGCACGGCUACCACGAGAACGGGGAGCAGCCGCACCGACACUACGCCCACGGAGACUCACACGCACACACAGAAGGCUCCGAGAGGACAAGACCGCCGCAGAAGCAGCCGGUUCCCAAUGCCCGCCACCCCGACCAUCACUCCUCCUCCCGGCACGAAGACGGCCGCUCCCACAACCAGCCGCGGGGUCAGGAGCCCAGCAAAGACCGGGGCCCACCCCCGCCUGUGGCGCCCAAGGUACGGACCAAGGACAGACAGAGGGACCAAGGGGACGUUGGGGACCAGGUGGUGAUGAGGGAGGGGGGCGGCGACGGCAGACCCAAAUCCAGCUACACGGAUCGGGACGCGGGGGGUCCCCAGUCCUCGAAGGACAAGAGGCCUCAAUCGGGCCCCAACAUCCGGCCCCCCAACCUGCCGGUCACGGACGGGGUGAUGAAGACAGCAGGGCAGACGGGCCGGCCCUUCAACACGUACCCCUGCACAGACAACAACAUGUGGAAAGCCCCUGCCAACCAGGACCUUAAAACAGGAAGAACGAAGGAGACCGCCCCUCACAACGGCCCCUCCAACCCCAACAGCCGAGCGCCAGCCAACAGCAGCGGCACUGGCAGCGGCGGCAAGUCAUCCAGCCGCUCCCGAGGAGAACCCCAGCCCCACCCGCAGCACCACCCCCACCACGCCUCGCACCCAGCCCUGGGCACCGACCAUCACGCAGCUCACCCCCACCCCCACCACCACCCCAACCUUUCUCCUCCCAUGCCCCCCGGCCCCCAGAAGCCUGCCCCCGCCCCUGCCCCCUCGAGCCCACCGCAGCAGCAACAGCAGGGCCGCUCUCCGCAGAGGGAGCCCCAGAGGGUGACGCACGAACAGUUCCGUGCAGCGCUGCAGAUGGUGGUGGACCCAGGGGACCCGCGCACAUAUCUGGACCACUACAUCAAGAUCGGGGAGGGCUCCACCGGCAUCGUCUGCAUAGCCACCGUCAAGAGCACAGGCAAACUGGUGGCCGUCAAGAAGAUGGACCUGCGCAAGCAGCAGCGCCGUGAGCUGCUCUUCAACGAGGUGGUGAUCAUGAGAGACUAUCACCAUGAGAACGUUGUGGAGAUGUACAACAGCUACCUGGUGGGAGACGAACUCUGGGUCGUCAUGGAGUUCCUGGAAGGCGGCGCUCUAACCGACAUCGUCACACACACAAGGAUGAAUGAGGAGCAGAUUGCCACGGUUUGCCUGUCGGUGCUGAAGGCUCUUGCUGUCCUCCACAGCCAGGGUGUCAUCCACAGAGACAUCAAGAGCGACUCCAUCCUCCUCACACAGGACGGCAGAAUAAAGCUGUCGGACUUUGGCUUCUGCGCCCAGGUAUCUAAAGAGGUGCAGCAUCGCAAGUCUCUGGUGGGCACCCCCUACUGGAUGGCCCCUGAACUCAUCUCCAGACUACCCUACGGACCUGAGGUGGACAUUUGGUCUCUGGGAGUGAUGGUGAUUGAAAUGGUGGAUGGAGAGCCCCCCUACUUCAAUGAGCCCCCCCUUAAAGCUAUGAAGAUGAUCCGGGACAACCUUCCCCCCAAACUCAAGAACCUCCACAAAGUGUCUCCCCUGCUGAAGGGCUUUCUGGACCGCAUGCUGGUGCGAGACCCCGGCCAGAGAGCCACAGCCAAUGAGCUUCUGAAGCACCCCUUCCUCAGCAAAGCUGGCCCGCCCUCCUGCAUCGUCCCGCUCAUGCGACAGAACCGCAUGAGAUAGAUGCAGAUGAGGGGGUGGAGUUGGGCUGGGCUGGGCUGGGCUAGGGUAGGUCCUCUGUGUGCAGUGUGAGGGGAGGAUCUGAUCUGCUAACGUUCAUCGCUCUCUUCUACAGACAACCCGUCGGCUGGGUUGUUGGUCAAAGGGUUGUGAGGAUGAUAUUGUAUCUUGCCUAUCAAGGCAAAACGGGACAGUCACUAAAAGAAAAAGAAUGAGUGAGUUUGUGAAUGACUGAGAGAUGAAUGAGUGAAGCUCAGAUGGACACUAAUGCAAAAAGAAGCGACUGUUACAGUUUUAAAAUAUUUGUUUUGUUUUUUUGUUAAAGGUUUUGCAUUCCCUGCUUUCAUUCCUUGAGGUUGUGGGUGGGGGUGGGGUUACAUGCUUUGUGAAGCUGGGGUAUUCUCAUAGAGGUCAACUCGAGAGCGUUCCUUAGCAAACUGUUAAAAUAACUACAACUACGCUGAAACUCAUCUCUAAUGAAGAUUGGUAUGCAGCUCAGCUGUGGACUGGAAUUGAAACUAAGAUGUGCAAGGUUGUCAAUCUCAUUUCUAGCCAUUCCUACUGAAGAAUCGUGACAUACCUUUUUUUUUCCUCUACAUUCUUUCUGUACACUAAACAAAAAAAAGAAAGUAACUACUCCUGUUUAUGACACACGUUAUAAACACUAAGAAAGGUUAAACACUGGAGAUGUUAAUGAUUCAGAUGGUUGCUUUUUUCUAUUUUACGUUUUAACUUGUACAGAUGUAUUGACUUUUAUUUUAUUGUCUCUUAAUGAGUGUGAAAGAGUUGAUUCAGGCACUGCUGAGGAAUAGACGCUCAGUUUCUUCCGUAUGUGUGAAAUCGUUUUCAUAUCAACGAGCCCUGAUGAAAGUUGAUGAGUUGUUGUUGUGUUGAGACCCCGUUUUAUGUUUUCCUCACGGUUUUUUUUAGUAUUUUUUAUUUUAUUUGGUUUCUUCCCCUUGUUCACUCAACAACUGCUUUUUAGGAGCAAGAUAUUUUUUUAGGAAACUGCAUCUGUGCUAUUGACGCUGACGUUACUCUUAGGCAAAAAUGUGGUGAAUAUUGAUCAAAUAGUUAUUAUAAAUUGUGCUGAAAAAAAGAGGUAUGCGUGCAGUUGAGUGCAGAUGACUGAUAUGAAGGAUAGAUUAGCUUUAGUUUUAUAAAGGGCUUUUAUAUACAUAGUUGUGUGAUUCUAGCCGAAAUGAAACAGGGUUGGCUGCUGGUACAAGUAUACACAGCCCUGGGUGAAGUGCACCAACACGUGUGAUAUUUUUUUAUUUUAACAUGCACAUGUAUGAACACUAACAUACCUAUUUUUAAAAAUACAUGACUGAUGCUCUGCUUACACUAUGAAAGAAGAAAAAAGAGAUAUAUGAUGUUGGCAAUCAUUUUAAGCUAAAGACAGAUCUUUAGUUCUGCACUAUUUAUGUGGCUAAUUCUGACACAGAGCAUUUAGUCCCGUUUCUCAUUCUGAUAAUACUGUGUAUAAACAGAGGCAAAGAAUAUAGCAUAUCUGAAAACUGUAGUGCCUGGAAUCACUUCUGUUUUGUUUUGUUGUUUAUUAAUUUACACUCAAGUGUUGGUAUAUAGGAAGAAAAAAUGUAUGAAAGCUUAGUUAUUCAGCUGACGAUAUAAUGCCACUUUGAUUUGUAAAUGAUGCGGAAAUGUCAAUACAUUUUAACACAAA